AUGACUCCUCCGAACUUGGAUUGCUUAGUUCAUUCGGGAGAAACGAGUAAGGGGCGACGAACCAGUAGUGGGUGGGAGAGCGGGAGACGACUGGCGCGGUGCCGUCUUCGCAAAACCGGGGCAGACGUCAGUGACGGGGCGGGACCCCCGUUCGCACUCUCUGAAAUGCGUCCGCUGAUCGCGCUCAAACUCGCUGGCCUGGUCCAGCUAGCUCACCUUGUUCCUCAACGCGACUUUCAUCCACUCUUAGAUGCACCUCCUCAUUUGCCUGGGGUUCGGCUCAGAGUAUUUCCAUCUGGUAUCUCAUAUCUGAGUCAGGUAAAGUGA